AUGUCUGCUUUCACUUCACUCUCUGGAGCGCUCUUGUUGGCCUUGAGCCUCAACCACGUCUCGGCUCAAGUUCCGGCCAACGUCACGCCUUGUGUUCGCAAUUGUGCAACCGUCAAGAUCUCGGAGGGCUAUUGCUCAAACCCUCAGAUUUUUGCCACAGCUUAUGACCAGUGUUUGAGGCAAAACUGCAAUGCAGCUGAUAUUGCAGCAGGACUCCCCUUGACCCCUUCGAUCUGUGGUGCUGCCAAUCCGGCCCCGACCACUCCUGGAGCCGCCAACCCUCCCGCCGGAGCUGGUAAUACUACCGGGACACCGGUCCCCGCUGGAAAUGCGACUGGGGCCAUUCCUAAUGCCCUGCGCGCGGCGGGUGCCGGUACCUUGGCCACAGUUAUCGCAUCGCCAGCCGGCCAAAGCUAUGCUUCACAGCUCCAGCAAGGCCCUCACACCGUCUUUGCACCCGUCGACAGUGCCCUAGCGCAGCUACCAUUGAAUUCAACCAGCCCGGCAGACCUCACCGCACUCUUGAACUACCAUACUGUGCCUGGGACUUUGGACGUCGCACGAUUACCUCCCAAUGGCCAUGCCAUCGUGCGCACUGCACUCCGCGGAGCGCCCUACGUCAACCUUCCUGCAAAUGACAGCCAAGUGCUUGUUUUGGGUGCGCAACCCAAUGGUGUACUGACCAUUAUUGAACCAACAAAAAACAUCACCGUCGCCAACGCCACUCGUGUUGAGAACCUGGAAUUAGCCGGUAUCCCCAACGCGCUCACCAUCCCCGGUACGAUUGCUGCCACUGCCGCUCUUAUCCCAGAGCUUUCCAGCCUUGUGGCUGCCGUUAACGGCACAGCUCCGCAGUUGUUCCAGCAGCUAGAUCAAACACCUGGACUCACCAUUUUUGCGCCCAUCAAUGCUGCUUUGGCCAACCCCCCUCCGAACGCUAACCUCCAAGGGAUUCUAUUGAGCCACAUUGUCAAUGGAACUGUUUUAUACUCAACCACGAUUGCAAACGUUACCAACGCCACAUCUGCCGGUGGUAGCCACAUUGAUUUCAUCACCAAUGCCACCGGCACUUACGCCCGAACAGGAGACAGGACUCUGAUGAUUGUUCAGAGUGACAUUAUUACCCGGAACGGAGUUCUCCACCUCGUCAACGGCUUGUUUGAAGCUUCGACCGCCACGCCGACUUUCCCCCUAGUCAACCAGAACAACUCGACCGAGACGGCAGGUAUCACACAGGUUGACGGGGCUAACUUGACCUCCGCGGCUGCUCAAAACGCACAGAACUCCGCUGGCAUCCAAUCAGCUUCUUCCCCAGGAAGACUUGUCCUGGCCUCCGCUAUGCUCUUCGUCGGCGCGUUUGUCUUAUAA